AUGCCUAACGGCAGUUGUCGCGAUGUCCGAUCACACCUCACGCCCAUAGCCUCUUCGCCACUGGCCACCCCCUCAUUUCUGACCACGCUCGCGCGGACCCGCACCACGCUUUCCCAAACAUCGCACUCCGAAACCUUACUUCGAGACACAGCAUGGCCUGUCAUCCUGAAACGUAUCCAUGCAGCUCUCGAUACAGGCAAGCCGAUCACAGGCGCAGGACCCAACCGCGGCCUACCGAUGAACAUCGUUGUGCAAACACUCAAAGCCAGCUGGCAUGUUGAUGGAACUUGGCCCAUAGGGCCAAAUGCAUUGCAGGUAAUGGAAGAACAGAGCAAGAAGAGGAGGGGAAUUGAGAAGGGCCCAGAGGGAAAGCAGGAUCCUAGCCCAGAGGACGUUGCAAGUAGAUAUAGAGAGAGGGGCGUAGCUAUCGAGGAGCCAGAGACGGUUGUCGAUGAUGAUUGGUAA